AGCUGUCAGUACUGAAAAUCUAUAAGUUACAUUUCGUAUUUUCAGUACCGGCAAUGAAUUUCGGAACGCAGCUUAAGAAAGCGUGGUGGGAGUAUCAUAAUUUCCCACCACGCUUUCUAGUAUUUCUGUUGCGUCUGUUGCCCGCUCUCUUUUCUCUAUGUGUAUGUAUACAUAUGUAUAUUCGUACCGGCAUCGGAGAAAAAUCUAGAAAAAUCCGUAGAUCUGCAAUUUCAACAGAAAUUUACAAUAGAGCGAAACAAACGAGAGUACGAUACGUGUAACUGUCUGAAGGACAACUUCGAGACGAUGCCUUCUCGAGAGGAUCAUAGCCACGGACGCAUAGCAAAUUUCAAGUUCAAUAAUAGACACGAAGAGGCACGAGUGAGAAGGAACGCGUUAUCGGUAGAGCUACGUAAAGCCAAAAAAGAUGAUCAAUUGUCGAAACGGCGUAAUCUCAACAGCGAGCAAGAAUCUUCUAGUUUAUCGGAUAAAGCUAUAGUUUCGUCUACUUGCAUUUUUUCUAUAGAAGAAAUUGUAAACCACUUAAAUUCAUCGAACGAAACGUUACAAUUGACAGCGAUUCAAACUUGCAGAAAAUUAUUGAGUAGAGAAAGAGAUCCACCUAUAAACGACAUGAUAGAAGGUGGCAUAGUACCACUGUGUAUUAAAUUCUUGGAUAAUGAUGACAACAUUUCUUUGCAAUUUGAAGUGACAUGGGUAUUAACCAAUAUAGCUUCGGGUACAUCCGUACAAACGCAGAAUGUUGUAAAACAUGGUGCAGUACCGAAAUUAGUGAAGCUACUCCAGUCUGCGUCGCCUAUGGUUGCGGAACAAGCGGUGUGGGCCUUGGGAAAUAUAGCCGGAGAUGGACCGUAUGCGCGCGAUCUUGUUCUCGGACAUGAUGCUCUACCUCGUUUAGUCGAUUUAAUUAAACCUGACACUCCGAUGACGUUCACGCGCAACAUCGUAUGGACUCUGUCUAAUUUAUGUCGAAAUAAGAAUCCUUCUCCAUCCUUUGAAUUGAUUAGACCUCUGCUACCAGUAUUUAAUCGUCUGCUUAGUUAUACAGAUCGAGACGUACUUGCCGAUACCUGUUGGGCACUUUCUUACCUUACCGAUGGAACCAACGACAAAAUACAAGCGGUAUUGGAAACUGGCAUUAUACCGAAACUCGUAGAGUUGCUAGCAUCGCGGGAAGGAGCUAUCCUUACUCCAGCAUUGCGUGCAGUUGGAAAUAUAGUAACGGGUAACGAUGCUCAAACGGAUGCUGUAAUUUCCGCGGGAGGAUUAUCGCAUUUCGGUGCCUUGUUGCGAUAUCCUCGCGCCAACAUUGUGAAAGAAGCUGCUUGGGCAGUCAGUAAUAUUACGGCUGGUAACCCGGAUCAAAUCCAAAGCGUGAUAAAUGCUGAUCUGUUACAACCAUUGAUACAAAUACUACAAUUUGGAGAUUAUAAGGCACAAAAGGAGGCUGCAUGGGCUGUAACUAACCUGACAACGGGAGGAACGGUUCAACAUUUAACUCGAUUAGUGGGAGCAGGUGUAUUGCCCCCUUUUUGUAAUUUACUAGAAUCAAAAGAUUGGAAUAUUAUUCUUGUUGUCUUGGAUGGAUUAACUAAUAUUUUGCACGCUGCGGAGAAAGUGGGACAAGUGGAUAAACUCGCCAUUAUGAUCGAACAAGUUGGAGGAUUGGAUAAAAUAGAAGCGCUUCAAAAUCAUGAGAAUGAGGAAGUUUAUCAAAGAUCUAUGGCUAUAAUCGACGCGUUUUUCUCUCAAAAGGACGUCGAAGAAGAGGCUCUUGUUUGUCAGGUUAAAAAGAACGAUGAUGAACAGUUUGAAUUUAAUACAACGGAGGAUUCGUCGAUAAAUGAAUUUAAUUUCUGAAUGAAUACAUCUAUGUAUUUGGAUUGAGACGAUGUAAGUUAAAGAAUUCAUCGAUAUGAGACUUAAUUAUCAGUUUGUUGCGACAACUGCGAUGCGAUAAAAAUUAAAACACUUAAACCGACCGAUCAAGUUUCAACAAAAAAAAAAGAAAGUUUUAGUAUCGCAAAUCUAUUAAUCAAUAAACAAUGAUCUUAUCUUUUUCCAAGAAUGAAAUUGUAUUAAAUAAUUUUAUUUCGAUAAUCGAGUCUCGCAUCUUUUAUAUUAGACGUUUCUAUACAUAUACAUUGUGUGUGCGCGUGUGUAUGUGUGAAAUCUCUUUGUUACAUUGGUUUCUUGAAAAAGCUUUUAAUGUUAAUCAUUUGUGUAUUUCAUAAACUUUAGAAGCAUUUUGUAAUAAGAAUAAUCAAGUGUACCACUUUAAUGGAAAAAAAGAAAACAAUGUGGUUUAAUCAUGAUUUAAUUUUUUUUGCAAAAAGAACGAUGUGUUUUUCUUGAAAUGUUAUGUAUUCUUACUAUUCGAUCUUUUUUGUACGACCUAUUUAUUAUUCAAAAUUAUUGUUAUUUUAUAUGAUUUUGCAAUAAAUAUUUUUGUAUCCUUAUAAAUAUAUAUUUUUAGUAAUUUUUCUGUAUUUUAUUAUUUUGUUUCAAUUUAUUAAAAAAAGAAAUUAUAAAUUUAAAACACAUUAUUUAUUAAAUUUCACUACAUUUGUAAGAGAAUAUUCAAUAUGAUACAAUACAUAAUUAUAAGUGUAGUAUAUGUAUAUAAGAAAUUUAUAUCAAAACAUUAGACAAUAAAU